AUGGCUGCCGCGAACAUUUCCAACUACAGCGAGUAUUUCCGGCCCGAAAAGUUAAAAGAAUGGCCGGAGCCCGAGUUGGUGUCUUUAAUGGAGGUAUUGGCUAGAGAAGACAUUGAUGAAGCUGUCCAUGCAAUAUUAUUUAGAGAAAAUUACGCUGUGAAGGUCACAGUCCCACCAUUUUCUGACCCUCUGUUCCGAAGACAGCAAGAGACAGAGCAGGAGAAGAGAGAGAACCUUCAGUAUGAGACAGGAAAGCGGUAUUCUGUGAAAGAAUUCAAAGAACUAGAGAAGGCCAGGCUGCAGGUCAGGCUUCCACAGUUCACGUUCACCCUGCACAGUGCGGUCCCCAGAGGACGGCGUCCAAGCUCGGUGAGGCCUGCACGAAGCAGCACUCGGGGAAAAUUCAGUCCCAAAAAGCUGCCCUGUGCAGAAAAGCCUCCUCCGCCCGCGGAAGAGGUCACCGACGUGAGCCAGCUGGCUUUUGAGAGGCAGUUUCUCUCCUCAAAGCUCUGCCGGGGGCUGAGAGGGGCUGAGCACAGGAGUCUGUGCAUUCGUGUCAUUGCAGAUGACAGGGACGCCCCGUUGAGUACGUGUACCGUUCAUCUGCUGACAGAGCCUCGGGCUUCCAGUAUCUCGGCUGUUGUGAAUAAUGUCGCAGUGAACAUGCAAGUGUAG